UCUAGCUCAUCUCCCCCACUCGCCCAGGCUCUACCCCCGGCGCAAAAUACCCUUCGCCCUUAUCGUGCGCCGCCCGGGGAAGGCGGAGCUUCGGCGGCGGAGGGGGAGGAAAUGGGCCAGUCUCUAACGUGCGCCCGGUCAAGCGACGAGCACGAAUUCUUCAGCGCGGUUCAAGCUGGAGACUUGGAGACCGUGGCGUCUUUUCUCUCCACCGAGCCCCAAAUGCUCCGGCGAACCACCGUCUUCGACCGCCUCUCCACCCUCCACAUCGCCGCCGCCAAUGGGCAGCUCGAGGUACUUGGUAUGCUAUUGGAUCGAUCUCUGCAUCCAGAUCUCCUCAACAGGCAUAAACAGACUCCUUUGAUGCUUGCUGCGAUGCAUGGAAGAAUUUCUUGUGUGGAGAAGCUCCUUGAAGCUGGAGCUACUAUCUUGAUGUUUGAUUCAUUGCAUGGUAGAAGUUGUUUGCAUUAUGCUGCAUAUUACGGCCAUUCGGAUUGCUUAGAAGCAAUUCUAUCUGCUGCCAAUUCAACCUCAGUUGCUGAUUCUUGGGGAUUUUCUAGAUUUGUAAAUGUUAGCGAUAACAAUGGGGCUACGCCGUUGCAUCUAGCGGCGAGGCAAAGGAGACCAGAAUGCGUUCAUAUUUUACUGGAUAAAGGAGCUCUUGUUUGUGCACCCACUGGUGGAUAUGGAUGCCCCGGGAGCAGUCCUCUUCACUUGGCUGCUCGAGGAGGGUGUUUGGAUUCUGUUCGGGAGUUGCUCGCUUGGGGCGCCGAUCGGCUUCAGAGAGAUUCAUCUGGAAGAAUACCAUAUGCCAUUGCACUAAAACGAAAUCAUGGUGCAUGUGCUGCUCUACUGAACCCAUCAACAGCAGAGCCUCUGGUUUGGCCUUCUCCACUCAAGUUCAUCAGCGAACUCAACAAUGAUGCCAAAAUUCUUCUAGAAAAUGCUCUCAUGGAUGCUAACAGGGAGCGGGAGAAGAACAUCUUAAAAGGGACGGCAUAUUCCUUGCCAUCCCCCACGCACUCUGCGGACAGUGUUGAUGAUGACAUCUCGGAGGCUAGUGAUACUGAGCUCUGCUGCAUCUGCUUCGACCAAGUAUGCACAAUCGAAGUUCAAGACUGCGGUCACCAAAUGUGCGCUCACUGCACACUCUCCCUCUGUUGCCACAACAAACCAAACCCUACAACCUUAUGCUUGCCCGCCCCGGCCUGCCCCUUUUGUAGAAGCAACAUAGCUCGGUUGGUUGUAGCCAAGAACAAGACCAAGGAGGAGCUCGACAAAACAAGCCAUUCUUUUAAGCUUAGACGUUCGAGAAGGUCCCGGAACUUUGGGGAAGGAAGCAGCAGCUUCAAAGACUUGUCGUCAGCCAUGGGCUCUUUCGGUAAGAUGAGUAACCGCGGUUCUGGACGAAUAGCCGAUAGCAGUGAUAACCUGGACAAGCCUUAAGAGUGCUGGUUCAUUGCUUGUGUGUAGAUUUUGGUCAUUGUAAGUGCAAAAGAGAAAUCAAAUAAGCAACCUUUUUGAGGAAGGGGGUUGAUCCCUGUAGGGGAAACCGAAGCAUAUGCCCCUUCGUGUUUCAAGCUUUAGCGGCCCCCAGAGAGCAUGGGCUCUGCUUGUUGUCUACUUUGAAACAGUUGUGAGAUAUAGAUUGAAUUGGAUGGACGAUUCUUUUCUUCACAAGACUUGUUGUUGUUAGCUGGGUUUGUUGAUGGGGAAUCUUGAUUGUCAUGUGAGCGGUCUGAUAAUUGAGCAUGGGGAUUUGGGCUCCACCCCUGCCGACGGGUCUGUCUCUUGCAUGGAUGCGAGGCUCUUGUCUGGUCUGACUCAAAGAGUCAGGUGUGGGGUUAUUUAUACAUAUGGGGAGGGCUUCAUAUAGAGAAAAUAGAAAAUCACACAGGGAGGAAAUAGAUCUCAGCGUCUAGAGAGCUCCUUAUAGAAAAUUAUAAUCGAAAUAGAGGAUGAAGAUGAUUGAUCUAACAUGAACCUUGUUGCAUACAUCACCAUCAGCUAACAUUGCGUUCUUCACUGAUAGACAGUAGGGAUUGUUGUGAUAGCCGCUGAUACUGAUAGUGAUAUUUGCAUUGAGAUUCGUGUUAGGCCACAUGGUCUUCACGUCCGCCUCCCCAUACGUAGCUACCUAUAUUUUUUCCGUAUGGAGGGUGCUCUAUAUG